GAUUGAUCGUUAUCUUUCUUGGUCAUCCCCCUCUUUCUAAUUGAACCCGCGUCUCUCUCCAACUUCUCCCGUGACUCGCUCGACCUCGCUCGCUCGGACCAUUUCUAAUAACGUCGUCCUCGCCCGAAAUCAAUCUCGACCACUCCCAUUCAACAACACCUUGUAACUCUUGCAAACACAUCCAUCAUCAUCUCUUUUACAAUCUUGACCGCCAAGGGACCAUCGCAAAGUAUGAGCAGGAACAACAAGAUGCCAGGUGGAGGUGGAUUCGCACCCGUCCUACCGGCUACCGGCCUCCACUCGUAUCACAACGACUCUCCUCCCUUUUCAGGAGCUACCAACCCAGCUUCUGGGGAACCCGAGCCGUUGCACCUGAACGGACCCGAUUCGCAUACACAUGGGUACGGACAUGGACAUGGUCACGGAGGAAACGUGAACCAGGCGGGACCUUCAAGGAGUUCUUCUUCUUCCUCUUCGACAGGGGCUGGAAAUGGGCGGACGACGCAAGGUCUCCUUAACCCGGGGGUGGAUUCGAAUUCGACCCAGAAUCAACUCAAUUCAAGCCAGAACCAGAACGAUCUGCACGGGCCGGAUUCGAAUUCGCAGUCACAUGGCAACACAUCGUCGAGCUCCAACCUCAACCACAUUUCCAAUUCGAACCCGAACUCUUCCUCGAACCUUAACCCAUCUCGACCCAAGAUCGACCGGGUCCUCACCUCCCCUACGGACGUCUCCUACUCUUCAUCCCGUUCUCGUCGUCUAGUCUCCGGGUACAUGUUCGGGAACCCGCCAGAAGAGAAGAGUCUGAAGAAUAGAAGGGAUUCGGAGAGUACCGUGAGGAGGUUGAGCGUCGUCGGUGACGACGGUUUGAACAAGGAUAGGGGUGGUACGGAUAAGGAGAGCUUGGAGAAUCGGACGAUACACGGGCAAGAAGAGGUCCCCGAAGACCAGAACGAAGAGGAACAAGCAGACGACACCCCGCACCCUCUCCGACCUCGUCCUUCUUCAGCCCAUUCGUUUACGACCAACCCGACCUCUCAACCCGACGAAGAGAACCUCUCCGUGGCUUCUUCCCUGAGAAACUCUCCUAGGGAUUCACCGCUCGUCUCCCCCGGUCGUGGGCUUUCGUUCGAUAACGGCCGGUACGAAGACGCUUUGAACGGGGUGACGGAUGGAGAGGCCGAUGCGGAUGUCAGGGCGAUGCAGGCGACGGGCGGGGGGAGUGAAGGGUUCAUGCAAGGGUUGGAGGGGGAGGAGGGGAGGUAUAACUUCCCCACGCAUAGGUUGAGGAGGAGGAUGAAAGACGAGGACAAGGUGCCCUUGGUCAUCGUCGCCUGUGGGUCGUUCUCACCUCCGACGUAUCUGCAUUUGCGAAUGUUCGAGAUGGCCAAGGACGAGAUUGUCGAGAGCCAGACGUUCGAGAUCAUGGCCGGUUACUAUUCCCCAGUCUCGUCGUACUACAAGAAAUCCGGUCUGGCGCCCGCUCACCACCGAGUGAGAAUGUGCGAACUCGCCGUGGAACACACCUCUACGUGGUUGAUGGUCGACCCCUGGGAAGCCGGUCAGCCAGAGUACCAGCGGACCGCCGUCGUGCUGGACCAUUUCGACGAGAUGUUGAACGGCAAGGAUGGCGAAGGCGGGGUGGAGAUGCGGGAUGGGACGAGGAGGAAAUACAAGGUCAUGUUGCUCGCGGGCGGAGAUUUGAUCGAGAGUUUCGGCGAACCUGGGGUAUGGUCGGAACCCGAUUUGCACAUCAUUCUCGGUCGAUUCGGUUGUCUGAUCGUCGAGAGGGCUGGGUCGGACGUCUGGGCAUUCUUGCUCUCGCACGACAUCCUUUACCAUCAUCGACGCAACGUUAUUGUAAUCAAACAACUGAUCUACAACGAUAUUUCGUCGACCAAGGUCAGACUGUUCGUGCGUCGUGGAAUGAGCAUCAAGUAUCUACUGCCCAACAGCGUCAUCCAGUACAUCAGCAAGAACCUGCUUUACCGCGAACCUGAUACUAAGGCUAUCCAAUCUUGAGCGGACUGAAGUAGGACGCGAAGAGUUUCAGUAAAGGGAUGUUGUAUGUCAUGCAGAAAAGGCGGUGGGAACAGGCUUUGUACAGGAAAGGGAAGACUCUUGUGUCGGUUUCGUCUGGUUGUAUGGAUUUCGCAGCAUUAUUAUAGACUGUCC